AUGUGGUUUACAAUGUUUGAUAUAGUUUUACUUUUUUUCAGGUUUAUAUUAAACAUUUUUUUUCGUGAAAUAAAAUCACGAGGUUCAUAUAAUAUUCCAAAAGAAGGGCCCGUUAUUAUUAUCGGUGCACCCCACGCAAAUAUGUUCAUUGAUGGUUUGCUUUUAAUGAGAUAUGUCAAACGACCAAUGUCCUUAAUGAUCGCACAAAAUGCUAUUAAAUAUGGUCAUUAUGUCGGAACUUUGGCCCGUGCAAUUCAUGCAACAAAUAGUAAUACACACUUUAAAUUAGUCGUAUUAAACAGACCAAAAGAUUUGGCAGAACCAGGAAAAGGAAAAAUUUUUUUAAAUAAAAGUAAAGCCGAUCCUCUUCGUAUAAAUGGCAUUAAUACAGAAUUUACAAAACAAUUAAAAAUCGGAUAUCAAAUUUCUUUACCAAGAGAGUACGGAUUAUCUGAAAUAACUGAAAUAAUAUCAGAUACAGAACUUGUUAUUAAAAAAGAAUUUAAAGAAACGAAGGCUUUAGAAGUUUUAUCACAACCUGGUGGAACAUCUUAUACAUGCAUGCCAUAUGUUGACCAAAGUAAUCUUUAUGAAAUUGUGUUUGAGAUGAUGAAUUCUGGAAAAUGUAUCGGAGUAUUUCCAGAAGGAAGAAGUCAUGAUCGAUCUGAAAUAAUACCUUUGAAAGCGGGGGUAGCAUUUAUGGCUUUAGGUGCUAUGGCGGCAAAUCCAGGAUUGGACAUCAAGAUUGUGCCUUGGAUGAAUUAUUUCCAAGCACAUCAAUUUCGUUCUCGAGCAGUUAUCAAAUUUGGACCACCCAUUUCAAUCUCAUCUGAAUUAGUUGAAAAAUAUAAUAAGAAUGGUCUGGAUAGAAGAGAAGCAUGCAAUAAAUUAAUGGAAAUCAUUUAUGAAAGAUUAAAAUCACUAGCAGUCAUUGCACCAGAUUAUGAGACGUUGUCGGUUAUUAGAGCAGCUCGUCGUUUAUGCAAACCGGAACAUUGCAAACUUGAAAUUGAUGAGGUGAUCGAUUUAGAUCGAAGAUUGAUUAAUGGUUACAUUAAAUUCAAAGAUGAUUCAAAAGUUCAAGAAACAUACAAAAAAGUGAAAGAAUAUGAUCAAUUAUUAAAAAAUUAUGGAUUAAAAGAUUAUCAAGUCCAGAAAACUACUAUUGGAAAGUUUAGAGCUAUAACAUUGUUAUUGUAUCGCUCGUUUCUUUUGGUUUUGUGUAGUAUUCUAGCUCUUCCUGGGUAA